GGCCCCAGCUGACCCCCUGAACCCAGCUGGGGACAGCUACACGGCAGUGCCUGCCUGAAGGUGGGCAAGGGAGCCGAGCAGGGCCCCAGGGGCCAGUGGUCCCCCUCCGCCUCCUCCAACAUCCGGAGCCCCUCCUCUUCCACACAUGUGAAUCCAGGAGCUACAGAAGGUGGGGAGCAGUAGGACUCGGGUAGGAGGAGGAAGAAUAUGGGGAGAUGCUAGUCCCUCCCACUCAGAGUUGCGGUCGCCAUGGUGACUGAGGACCAGUGAGGCAGGAUGGGGUUGAGGAUGGGGGUGGGGGUGUGGCAGGGACGAGGAGCUGGGAGACCGAGCGCCUGGCAUUCCAGGGGGAGGAAAACGCAGCGGGAUUCCCGAGCUCCAGGGGAUGGACGCAGGGCACUUAGCUUCUUCCACCAGAAGGGCCUCCAGGAUUUUGACACUCUGCUCCUGAGUGGUGAUGGGAACACUCUCUACGUGGGGGCUCGCGAGGCCAUUCUGGCCUUGAAUAUCCGGGAUCCAGGUGGCCCAAGGCUGAAGAACAUGAUACCCUGGCCAGCCAGUGACAGCAAAAAGAGUGAAUGUGCCAUUAAGAAGAGCAGUGAGAUGCAGUGUUUCAACUUCAUUCGUGUCCUGGUCCCUUUCAACACCACCCACCUCUACGCCUGUGGCACCUUCGCCUUCAGCCCGGCUUGUACCUUCAUUGAACUUCAAGAUUCCUACCUGUUGCCCAUCUCCAAGGACCAGGUCACAGAGGGGAAAGGCCAAAGCCCCUUUGACCCCACCCACAAGCACACGGCUGUCUUGGUGGAUGGGAUGCUCUAUUCUGGCACCAUGAACAACUUCCUGGGCAGUGAGCCCAUCCUGAUGCGCACGCUGGGAUCCCAGCCUGUCCUCAAGACGGACACCUUUCUCCGCUGGCUGCAUCGUAAGGACCCGACCCCCAUUCAGCACAGGUCUGGCCUCCUCUCCUGAGUCCCGGAGACCUGGCGCUGUGAAUGGCCAUUAAUGUGCUCAACUCUCACUUGUUGGGGGCACACCAUGCAUUACAGUUAGGUGUUGGGGGGUAGAGCAGGGAAGAAGCCAAAGCUCUGGUCUUCACCAAGCUUUCACUUUCCGUAAAUAAAUAUAAAUAUAUAUAUAUAUAUAU